GAGGAUUCCCCAUUUGCUCCAUUAUGAGCAUGCCAGAAAUGGGUAUGUACAGUGCUCCAUCUGAUCUGUGGUCAGCAGUGCAGGCCCUAGUGGACUAUUCUAGCUAGCACAAUUUAGGCCUGGUCUACACUACGCGUUUAAACCGAUUUUAGCAGCGUUAAACCAAUUUAACGCCGCACCCGUCCACACUACGAGGACCUUUAUAUCGAUAUAAAGGGCUCUUUACAUCGGUUUCUGUACUCCUCCCCGACGAGAGGAGUAGCGCUAAAAUCGGUAUUACCAUAUCGGAUUAGGGUUAGUGUGGCUGCAAAUCAACGGUAUUGGCCUCCGGGCGGUAUCCCACAGUGCACCACUGUGACCUCUCUGGGAAGCAAUCUGAAUUCGGAUGCACUGGCCAGGUAUACAGGAAAAGCUCCAUGAACUUUUGAAUUUCAUUUCCUGUUUGGCCUGCGUGGAGCUCUGAUCAGCACAGGUGACCACACAGAGCUCAUCAGCACAGGUAGCAAUGCAGUCUCCUGAGAAUCGAAAAAGAGCUCCAGCAUGGACCGCAUGGGAGGUACUGGAUCUGAUCGCUAUAUGGGGAGAGGAUUCAGUGCUAACAGAACUCCGUUCCAAAAGACGAAAUGAAAAAAUAUUUGAAAAAAUUUCCAAGGCUAUGAUGGAAAAAGGCCACACCAGGGACUCAGUGCAAUGCAGCAUGAAAGUUAAGGAGCUCAGACAAGCCUACCAGAAAACCAAAGCAGCAAACGGAAAGUCCGGGUCAAGGCCGAAAACAUGCUGCUUUUACACUGAGCUGCAUGCAAUUUUAGGGGGCUGCACCACCACUACCCCACCCCUGUCCGUGGAUUCCGAGGUGGGGGUUGUAAUCUCAACCAUGGCUGAGGAUUCUGCGGAGGGGGAAGAUGAGGAGGAGGAAGAGGUGGAAGAGGAGGACGACCUUACAGCGAGCACACAGCACUCCGUUAGCCCCAACAGUCAGGAGCUUUUUGUGACCCAGAUGGAAUUACCCUCCCAGCCCUCCCAAGCCACUAGCCCAGACAGUGAAGCCAUGGAAGCAACCUCUGCUGCAAAUUUUUCAAGCCUUCCUACUCCAUCCCAAAGGCUAUCUCAGAUAAGGCGGAGGAAAGAGAAGACGCGAGAUGAAAUGUUCUCGGAAAUCAUGGAAAUAACCCGCAAUGAAAGAGCUCAUCUGAAUGAGUGAAAGGGCAUGGUAUCAAAUUACAGGAAAGAUGCCAGUGAACAUGAGGACACGAGGGACGCUCGAGAUGAGAGGUGGCGGCAGGAAGAUCAGAGGUGUAGGCAGGAAGAUCAGCAGUGGCGGGAUGCAACGCUGGAGCUGCUGCGUGAUCAAACUGAUAUCCUCCGACGUCUGGUGGUUCUUCAGGAAGAGCAGUGGGGUCACAGAGUGCCGCUGCAGCCCAUGUUUAACCACCCUCAGUACUCACCAUGUUCCAUGUCUUCCUCACCCAGAUGUGUAAGAACGCGUGGGGGAAGGCUUCGUGCACCCGCCCACUCCACCCCAGUGGACAGUCCAACCAAAAGGCUGUCAUUACAUUGGAAUGUGUUUAAUGGCCUUUUCCUUCCCUCCUAUCCUCCUCCCAAACCACACCCGGGAUACCUCGUCAGUUCUCUCCCUCUUUUUAUAAUUACUUUUUAAUAAAGAAUACAUGAUUUUUAAACGAUAGAACAAGAAGCAAUGGGCUUAAACUGCAGCAAGGGAGAUUUAGGUUGGACAUUAGGAAAAAGUUCCUAACUGUCAGGGUAGUUAAACACUGAAAUAAAUUGCCUAGGGAGGCUGUGGAAUCUCCAUUUCUGGAGAUAUUUAAGAGUAGGUUAGAUAAAUGUCUAGUAGGGAUGGUCUAGACAGUAUUUGGUCCUGCCAUGAGGGCAGGGGACUGGACUCGAUGACCUCUCAAGGUCCCUUCCAGUCCUAGAGUCGAUUAAUCUAUUUCCUUAAGC